ACACUCGAGUCAGCCAUGACAGGUCUUCUGCGUGAUUCUCACAAUCACCAGGGAGCUUCCGGUCCCUGAUUUUUUUUCAACCCCCUUCUGGAGGUCAGAGAACAAAAUAAAGAUAAUGUCGUCUGCUCCGGAUAACUCGGAUCAGACGAUGAUCUUCCUAUUAUUGUUAUUACUAUUUGGAACUGGCAUCAUCAAUUCCUCAGAAGUAGUCUACAGACCAGAAGAAGAUGAACACUGCAACCGAACAGUCGACAUUUACCAAUCCGUUUCCAGCCCACCUGUCACCGAUGAAAACCGCAACAAACCCCUACACUGUACGUACCGAAUCCGUGUACGUCCGGCCAGAAACGAUUGGGUCGUCUUCGUGCGAUUCAUCAGAAUGAGGGUUGGUGAGCCAAGUGAAGAUCGACAUCGCUGUCUAGGAGGUUACAUCCAAAUCAUCGACGGUUACAGGGAUUCGAAUCAUACCAACAAAGAAGAACCCGGAUAUUAUUGUGGAGAAAUUGAUUCACCAAAAACUUUUGUGUCUGAAACACCUCAUGUGAAAAUUGUCCUACAUGUAGACAGCUAUGGCCAUGACACAUUUUUACAGUUCGAUGCAAAUGUGGAGCAGCAACAAGAGGUUCAUGCUCGUUAUGGUCAAUAUGCGCAGCUAUACCCACACAGACGUGGAACUCCAGUUCCCGGAACAUACUGCGAUAGAUCUUUCCACGGUUGCGCCCCGACACGCUGCUUUGUGCAAUCUCCAGGAUUUCCGGGCAUAUAUCCAAGAAACCUACGCUGCCGUUAUACCUUGAGUGUGACACGCAGUCUUGUUGCCUUGGACAUGAACUCUUUCGAUGUGGAUGGUUUGCGAUGUGACAAUCUACUUUUAUGCUUUCCCAGACCUGUGACGAAAAAUAACUCAGAAUGCCCUUUUGAUUACGUCAAAAUAUAUGAUGGAACUUCAGAAGAUAGUCCUCUUAUCGUUACUUUAUGUGGUCGUGGCAGACUAAAGUCUCAGAUUGUAGCUUCAGGUUCAGAAAUGCUGGUCGAAUUCGGAACAUCCGCUGCUGGGCCACUACUCAACAAAGGAUUCCACUUUAAGGCCGAAAGCAUUCAUGGUGAAAGCGAAACAGAACAUCAGUAUCCUAAGUUAGACAGCAACGGAACUUGCUCAAUUACAAAGUACAUGAGAUCGGGAGAUGUUGCUACAUUUGGCCAUCUACGUUCUUGGUAUCCAGUAAACACAACUUGCACUUACAAAUUCGUGGCUCCAGAUGACGAGGUUCUGAAAUUGACUUUUGAGUUUUUCCGCAUGGAGCGGGUCACGUUAUGCAACGAGUCUCUUAAGCUCUACGAUAGUUCGUUAAACGAUCCUUCCAAAAUCAUAUCGAAAUUGUGUGACAUUAAUAAACCACGAACCGAACAACCGAAAUCUGUGUAUGAGACAACAGGACCAGGACUUUUUGUAGAAUUCUCCAGCAAAAUGGGGUCUUUAGAAGGCUCUUCUAUCAGUUACGCAUUUGAGGUUCGGCCUGUAAAUGUUGUAGCUCGCAGAAACACCCUUAAUGGCAACAGCUGCAGUAGAGUAUUCACUCCAGAAGGGGGCAUGACAGGACUAUUAACUGGACAUUCUUUUGGCGAGACAAAUAUUUCUUCUCUUACUUGUAACUACACUUUUGAUGCCUCACGAUUACCUCAAGGAAGAGUGAGGCUCGUCAUUUUCACCUCUCUUAAGAAAUCCGCCAACUGCGCCGAAUGUCGACAAGAACCUUUGUUUUUUCAAGUUUUAUUUGGCAUUGGAGAAAAAAUGUGUUUCUGCAAGGUUUCUACUCAUAAAAGUCAUACUCUGAUUUCUUUGGGUCCAUUGAUGCAUUUAUCAUUACAUGCUGAAUCUGCGUGGGAUAAGAAACUUCCACAAAAACAUGUGGUCAACGGAAGUUACAUUUUCUAUUCCGAAUCCAGAUGUGGAGCCGAACGUCUGGAACUAGAUAUACAAGGUAUACUCACUUUCCCACCACUCAUACCGACAAUAGGAAACUGUCCAGAUGGACAAUGCCUAGAUGGUCCUAUUUUCUGCCAGUGGAAGAUCCCGAUCUUCCACAGAAUGGAUGUUCUUUUAAAAGUGGAGAGUUUAGCCGAGGAAGGCAACUGCAGUACUGACCAUGCCAUUGUAAGCAGCAUAGUUCUCUGCCCGAGCGAUGAGGUUCAAGAGGUUCUUCUUCACAAAGAAGACAUCUUCGAAUCAGACGUCACCGUCAGUUUGCGCAUGUCCGAAAAGACAUCUAACUUUACAGUCAGGUGGACGCAACUUCAAAUGCUACCAACAAGGACGAGUCCUGAUAGUUUAAUGUCACUUGGCAAAGACUGUGAUUUCCUUUGCACAACUUCCAUGGCUUGCUUAACCAGAGACCUAGUGUGUAAUGGUGUAAGCAAUUGUCCUGGUAUAGGCGUUACUGCAGAUGAAGAUACUACCUUAUGCCUGUUGCCAAGAGACAAUUUUAAACUUUAUUGGUGGAUUAUUGGUUUUGGGUUAGGAGUUUGUGUUUGUUUGACAUUAUGUCUUGUUUUUACGAUCUUUAGAAAAUGUCGCGUGAGGCGUCACCGAAUUUAAAUUGUGAUGUUGUUGUUUUUUGUACAAAUGUAUAAAAUUUAUUAAAUUUUUAAAUGUUUCAAUUGAA